AUGCACGUGCAGAUCUUGGUCUUCGACACGGAGGUGCCUCUCAUGCGAGGCGCACAGCUGAUGUGUUACUUGCACACCGAGACCCUGACUGCGACGCUCGUCCGCCUGGAAAAACUCAUCGUGAAGGGCGAAGCGCAGGAGAGACGGCCCAAGUGUUUGGUGAAGGGAAACAACGCCAUCGUUUGGCUGCAGCUCAAUGAGAAGGCUUUGGGCCUUUCACUUCUUCGAUUUCCGUACUUACGUAUGCAACUAGCUUUGUUCCAUGGAAUGCUGUGGAUUUGGGCACUGUCGUGCCUGAACGUGUUGAGUGCGCAGAAUUCUGGCUGUGCGGCUCAAUCCUUUGACCAAAGUUCACAGCUCCAAAUUGCUCGAAAUGUAACGGACACAUCUGGACCUAGGGUCCCAUUGGUUGAGUGGUUGCCUCUGGACACGGGAGUUCGCUCCAAGGAGUACGUCUCGGAGUGGACGUCGCCCAGAGACUUGGCGAUUUUGCCGCCCCCGCACCGUGCCAAAUGGUCUGAUGGAACGGAGUUCGGCCUCUUCAGCGCCAUCCCUAGUUUUGGUGAAGAUGGCAAUUUCAUUGCCUUGUUGAUGACCAGGGACGUGGGCGAGCACCAGGGUGAAAUGCACGACAUGUUUUGUUCUGGACCCAACAGGGCGCAUUUGACCAAAGUGCGUGUACACCGUCGCUCAUUAUUGUGCGCUUGGCCCAAAGAAGAAGCUCACAAAGAGAGUUUUGAGGUCUUCUUGGAGGAUCCAGAGGGCAACAUCCUAGUGAAGGUUUUGGCCCGAAGAAAGACUGGCUUGCUGAAGAAGUACCACUCCGUCGCCUGUGUCCGGGACAUUUUUGUGAAGUCAGAGGAAACCCCUGCUGCGACCAAGCAACUGGUGGAGUGGAUGGAGUGGUCCAACUUACACGGGAUCGAGCAUUUCUUUGUUUACACCUUUAAAGGAACUGACGAUGUUGUGAAGGAUGUUUUGAUGCCAUAUCUCAAAGCCGGCCUCGCCACAAGGAUCCAUAUGGACCUGACUCGAGGACCAGAAUCCCCACAUUUUGAGGUAUCCCAGGAGGAAUUUCGCCAGUCCCAAGUCGUCAGGGAUUGCCUUUACCGAGCCAAGAACCAUGCAACUUGGGUCAUGCCUUCGGUUGAUAUCGAUGAAUACUUUCACUUGAACUCCCAUGUUUUCCCUGAUGGGAAGGUGCCACAAGACUUUUUGAGGACAGGUUGGGAUGCCAUUGUGAAGUCUCAAGGGAAAAAAACGUCAGAAGUUCAUAGCAUCAGUUUUCUGCGUUUUCGCUUUGCUCCGGCUCCUUUUGGGAACUUGACGAUUUCAUCCUCAUGGAGGGAGCCACAACUGCAGCAGAGGAAGGGGAACCGUAACCAACCUGCCUUGCCCAAGUUUGUCAUGAAUGCGCACAAGGUGUAUGACCUUUGGUGGCAUUCCGUCUACAAUUUCGACGAAGGUGCGCCUUAUGACAUUCGCCUGAAUGAGACUAUUGGGGCGUUGAACCACUACCGACCACCUUUGCAUGUGGACCACAAUCGCGACACCUUCCUGGCGACCAUUUUUGAUGACAAAUUAGCAUCUGACAGUUCGAUGCUGGAAGAGGCCAUCCGGAAACGAUUCGGCGAACAUUUGUCCAAUUUGAUGAAGCGGGUAAGCGAAAAACAUCCGGCAACGAGACCAUCAGUUCAAUCAAGCUGA